CCAUGUCAACUUGCCACCGAUCUGUCCACGAACAGCCAUCGCUGGAGGAGCUUCGCGCCAAUCAUCGUCGUGUUCCUUGGUCGCCGUUGAACAAAACUGCGAAGGGAGGGAGAGACGCACGAAGGAGACAGGGUCGCGACCAGCCUCGUUGUCGUUAGUGUUGCGGGUCACCACCGUUGAGGUCGUUGUCGCCGCUAAAAGUAACAUCCUCUGUCGUUGAUUGUGAGAAAGAGAAGCGUGCAAAGCUUGAGCCGUGGAAAAGGGUCGCCUUGUCAUUUUGGCUCGCCGCCGCUACCAGUGUUUUUGCCGCUGUCCGGGCCGCAGGGGAGGAUGAGAGAGAGGGUCACGUGGAAGGUGGUCACCGCGAAGCGGCCACUGUUGUUGUUGUUUCUUGCCGCCGUUCUAUUGCUGAAACCACUGCCGAAGCUUCUGCAGUUUGGUUCAUUCGUUACUUCUUUGUUACGGGUUGAGUUCUGGCUAUUGCGAGUCACAAUUGAAGCUGUGGUUGCUGUGGGUCGCGAGGAAAAAGGGGUUUUUGACGCGUUUGAUAUUGUGAGUUUCGACGAGUUGAGGGCACAUAAUCCCUCUAAUGGUGACAGGGCACGUAUUCCCUCUAAUGAUAUUAAUGCGCAACAGAGAGAUAGUGUCCGGGUUAGCUACCGGACAUGUCAGGUUUGGCUAUAUAACCAACAAAUGAGCUCAUUAGACAUAGGACAUGUAUUCAUCAUGCAUUUGUAUGCUUUGCUAGAGUUUGAAUUUGUUUUGGUUUGCUUAAUUGCUUAACUGUUAUUAACUGCUAUCUGAGCUAUUUGCUGUAAUUGCUAUCCAUACUUGUGUGUUUUCCUUGUCUAUUUUGCCUGUGUUUGUUUUUGUUGUGGUACCUUAACAUUGGAUAUUGAUGAUGAGAUGAUGAUUUGAUUGUUGGAUUUGUUUGAGUUACUCGAGCUGAAGGCUGUGAUUAGUUUCUAAUUGAGGUUUUAGGAAAGUAUGAAAAAUCAAACUGGUUCAGCAUGGACUUCAUGAACCUAUGUUUGGAACAGAUUAGUCAUUCAUACAGACUAGGAAAUUAAUUAAGAUUUUCUUAUAAGAAAAGAAAUGUUUUGGUUUUCUGGAUCUUUAAAUAUUGGAUUUUAAAAAAAGGUUUUGCAUGUUUAGUUGUUGGUUUUUAAAGUUUUAAAGAUUCAUAGGACGAACGAAUAUCACUGCCCUGAAAUCAAUUCUUCUCUUUAUACUUAUCUUCUUAUAGCAAUUCUUAAAAAUUCUCUAUUAAGAACCCUUUUGAGGAUGAUGUUCUCACCCCCUACAAACUUCUCU